AUGGCUGAAGAGAAUUUUACGGUUGUUACUGCAUUUAUUCUUUUGGGGCUGACAGACUGCGCUGAACAGAAAGUAAUGCUUUUUGUGUUGUUCCUGGGGAUCUAAGCCAUCACCCUGGUGGGGAAUCUGGGCAUGAUCUUCAUAAUUCGAAUCACAUCCAAGCUCCACACACCCAUGUACUUUUUCCUCAGCUGCCUGUCAUUUGUAGAUGCCUGCUACUCAUCUGCAAUCGCACCCAAAAUGCUAAUCAACCUCCUGGUUGUGAGGGGAACCAUUUCUUUCUCUGCUUGCAUGGUACAACAUUUGUGUUUCGGGGUGUUUGUUACCACAGAAGGCUUCUUGCUGUCGGUGAUGGCAUAUGACCGGUACAUGGCCAUUGUGAACCCUCUGCUUUACACGGCAGCCAUGUCUAAGAGGAAGUGUGUAGGGCUGGUUGCUGGGUCAUGGAUAUGUGGAACAAUUAACUCACUGAUACACACAGUAAGCUUAGGCAGACUGUCCUUUUGUAGGCUGAAUAUUGUCCGCCACUUCUUCUGUGAUAUUCCCUCGCUCCUAAAGCUGUCAUGUUCGGAUACCUCCGUCAAUGAGCUGUUGCUCUUAGUCUUCUCUGGAGUCAUUGCCAUGGCCACCUUUUUGAUUGUGAUCAUUUCGUAUGUGUUCAUUGUGCUCGCCAUUCUGAGGAUCCGCUCCGCAGAAGGGAGACUGAAAGCCUUCUCCACCUGUGCCUCUCACCUGACGGCAGUGACCAUAUUCUACGGCACCUUAAGUUUUAGUUACAUCCAGCCGAGCUCCCAGUAUUCUGUAGAACAGGAGAAGGUGGUUGCUGUGUUCUAUACGCUAGUGAUUCCCAUGCUGAACCCGCUGAUUUACAGUCUGAGGAACAGAGAGGUGAAGGAUGCUGUGAAAAGGGCCAUAGAAACAAAACAACUCUCCUGUUAA